UGAACUUCCCUGUGCAACUCAGCUGAACUCAGAACUCCUGACAGACAACAUGUCUUUCAACUGCAGCACAGGAAACUUCUCCUCCCGUUCCCUUGGAGGUUACUUGGGGGUCCCAGUUUCCACCUGUGAGUCCUUCUACCCCAGCAGUGUUAUCUACUCCCCCAGCACUUUCCAGCUGGGCUCCACUCUCUGCGGUGGCUGUCAGGAGAACUUCUUUAGGCCCAUCAGCUUCCAGACACCCUGUGCUGUGACCAGAUCUUUCCAGACAUCCUGCUCCCGUCCACAGAAUUUCAUCUUCCGCCGUCCCUGCCAGACAACUUACACUGGAUCUCUAGGGUUUGGAAAUAUUGGCAUUGGGUCUUUUGGUUGUGGAAAUACUGGCUUCCAGUCUCUGGGCUGUGGAUCCAACUUCUGCUCCCCAACUUACAUUUCCUCCAGGAGUUGCCGGUCAUCUUGUUACUAACCAGCCUUUAGCUCAUGCUUUUGUGAAUCAACUUUCUGAAUGACUCCAGUCACCUCAUGGUUAUAUCUACGCUUUAUGAAGUUUUAACCCUCGGCAUUUCCAAUAUCUUUGAUAACUGACCAUCUUCAUCAUCGGGACUUGCUAUCACAGUCCUUCUGGAAGCAUACAAUUCACUGUGGACAAAGCAAUCUUGACCUUCUAAUCAGACGUAUGAGAUAUGUCUUGAAUUUUCAUUCCUGAGCCAAUGCUCAGAAUCAUUCCUGUUGUUGUCUUACUCAGAAUCCUCUUUUACUACUUUACUCCUAAGACUCUUUCACUUGUGCAUUUCAAAUAUAUACGACAUUUAAAAUAAACUUAUUUCUUUAGAAUGAA